UGAAUAGCGAGUUGGGUCUGCGUGUGAACAGCUGAGUUGGGUCUGUUACUUGGCUCAAGCCCUGGGUGCUCAAAGAAAGUCAUGAGCAGAUAUGUGUGCGUAGCCCCAGGCAAGGACAAGGAGGAGGUAACGUGUAGGGCUCAUGGGCAACGAUGCCGGCAAGUUUGUGUCGCUAGGCAAACCACUUCAGCUUUUCAUAUUCGUCGAGUUCUCGGGCUCGUGUCGGUGCUUCUCAUCCGAGGUGUGCGAGCCUGAUUCCAUUUUGGAACGCCCGCGUGGGUCAGGUCGGCAGGACGUCCUGGGCCCACAGGGGGAAGACAGCGAUCUUACACCUGCCACUGACGGGGACUACUGCACGACGGGCCUGGACUGCGGUGGAAGAGGAGCUACGGACGAGAGCAGUCAGGCUGCCAGGAGGAGCGCAGCCGACUGCGGCACUGCCUGCGGUAGUUACAAGGCCGGAUGCUCCUCUGGCAGUGCGGACUUUGGCAGGGUUGGUUUGACAGCAAUCGUGCUCUCGAAUGAGACAUCGCACCUUUCCCUGUUCCGAAUCCUUCCGACGCGGAGGCGAUCUGCUCAGAUGCGGCUGCGAUCGCACGUACAGUCGGGGGUGCUCGCGCCUGCGGGGGACGACGGCACCGAAGACCUCCUGCUCCUGACCUCGGACGGGCGCUCGUCGUGGUUCCGCGAGGGCAAGUCCGACCACCCCGGGUGCUGCCAGAGGGGUCCCUGGCCCACGGGGCCCCCAGGAUCUCCAGGGAGAUCCCCACGGGCUCGAGAGCCGCCCCCUCGCGAGGCCCGGCGGGCCUCAGGGGCCCUCGUUCUCUGGCGGGCGCAGGGCUGGGGACACCCUGGGCCAGGGGCACCCGUGCGGCAGCCCCCGAGCCGUGUGCCUCUGCGAAGCAUGGGGCCGAUCUUCGGGAGCACGAGCGCCGGCGACUCGCGGCCCUGCGCGCUGGGCGCGCGGGCCGGCGCGGGCGGCGGCCGCCUCGUGGCCGUGGGCCUGGAGAAUGGCACCGUGGGCGUCUGGCGCGAGGCUGCCGGGGCGCCGGCGCCUGGCGCGGGUGCCGACGGGCCCCGCGCCGGGUGGGCGCUGCUCGCGGCCGUGGCCGGCCCGCCAGGAUCCAGUGGAGCAGCGUUAGCCACGUGGCCGUCAGCGAGGACGGCUCGGCGCGGUGGCGUCUUGUUUGCGAGCGCGCGGCUCUGGAGGCGCGGGGGCAGCGCCGCCCUGUGGAGGGUGGCGCUGGGGGCGCCGCCAGAGCUGCUGCGCCACCAGACCGGCGGGGGCCGCAGCGCCCGGGUCUCGGCGGUGGACGUGGCGCGCCUGGGCGGCGGCUUGCACGCGGUGGCCGUCGCCUUUGAGUCCGCCGCGCUGGAGUGCUGGGGGGCCCCCCCCUCCUCCAGCCCCGGGGCGCCUGGGACCGCGGCCAUGCUGCUGUGGCGGGUGCAGCGCCGCGGCCGGUCCCAGCUCGUCGCCGUGUCGGCGUCGGCCUCGGGCGUGGCCGGCGUCGGCGCCGACGGCCUGGUGCGCUUCUGGGCCCUGACCCCCGGCGGCGCCACGCCAGCGGCCGCCGACCGCGCGCCGUCCUGGGAGGCGGA